AUGAAAAUGUGUUUUUUUAUUAUGACAAAGUUGAAAUAAUAAUUAUCAGUGUGUAUUAUGAGUUGAUUCAUGUGAUAUAUAAACUAAUUUUAAUUUGAAUUUAUAAUAUUUUUAAAUAUGCUGUUUGAUAAAUUAUGUAUUUUAAUUAAUUUGAUAAUUAUUUGUGAUAAUUUUAUUGAGGGAAAAAUUGUGAAACGUAUUUUGGGAGGUGAAAAUGCUGAUGAACAUUUAUACCCAUGGAUUGUAUCAUUAAGAAUUCAAGGUAGUCAUAAAUGUGGUGGUACAAUAUUAAAUUCAUACUGGAUUUUAACAGCAGCACAUUGUUUAAUUAAAUAUCAACCAAAUGAUAUAGCUGUUAUUGUUGGUACAAAUAAUUUAAUUGUCGAUGGUCUAGCAUAUAGAGCUGAUUAUUUUUUUAUCCAUCAUGAUUAUGAUAGAGAAUUACAUGCUCAUGAUAUUGGUCUUGUUAGAGUUGUUGAUGAAAUUUUAUUUAAUGAUAUUAUCAAACCAGUUGAAUUACCAAAUCGUGAUUUCUCUGAUAGUAAUUUAGCUGGAAUUUUUACUGGAUGGGGUACAACAUUGCCAGAUGGAUUUGUUAAUAAUGAACUUCAAGUUAUCAAAUUAAAUAUUAUUAAACUUGAUCGUUGCCAAAAAAUUUUUCCAAAAGUUGGAUGUGGACAAAUUUGUACAUCAACAUCAGACGGUGGUUUGUGUUUUGGUGAUUCUGGAAGUCCACUUGUUAUUGAAAACAUGCAAAUUGCAAUUGCAUCAUGGGGUUCUCCAUGUGCCAAUGGAUAUCCUGAUAUUCAUUCAAAUGUUUAUUACUAUUUAAACUGGAUUAAAAAUACAACGAAUAUUUAAAAUAAAAAUAAUAAUAAUUGUCUGAUAAAUUAUAAACAAUUAAAACGACAAUAACUCUUUGUUAAAAUUUUUUUUCAUCAAUUUAUUAUAAAUGUAGAAAUAAAAGUUUGAAUUUUCAUUCUAUUUAGAUCAUGACCUAUAUUACGUGUUUAUUAAAUUCAUACGUAUGUAUUUGUGAAUUAUUAUUAUUGUUAAAUGACCCCAGUUUGAGUAAUAACAAAAAGGGGGUGCUUGCGCACCCUUGUUUCAUUUUACCCAGUACCAAUGGCUGCGAUUUGUCGAACACCAGAGAAAAAAUAAAUAUUUAAAAAAAAAAAAACAACAAAAAUCACGAAUUUAUAAACAAUCUAAGACAUCCAAAAACUUCAACCAACAAAUUUAUAAAAAAUCAAGCUUGAGAGUUUUACUGCAUAAAUUGCUGUUAUUUCA